CGUGAUUCCUGUGCAUGAUUAUGGACGGAAGCUGUUGAAAAACAGGACAAAUGGCAGAGAGCACACGUCCCGGUGCUGGUUUUCAGUUGAGUUCAGCGGACCAGGGAACCCAGCACAGUGGCCUCAAGAGCAAGGUAUUCACCCAUGGAGGUGGCACCGGGGGAGGCAUGGAUGGUGAGGUUGGAACAGGUCAUUCAGGCCAGCCACAGGUACCAGGUAGGCGUCACUGGGAUCCAGGGAGUGCCAGGACACAAAGAAACAAGAAGAUAAUUCCUGCCGACCACUGUGUCUGCCAUGAUGACAGUAACACCAGCAUUCAGGGGUUGGAGCCAAAGCACAGCAUUGCUGAUCAUCCCAUGGCAUCUCUCACACUGGUGGACAGGAGAGUUGUUCUGAGUGGUCUGUCUGGAGGAGGGUGGGGCUCGGCCGGAAACACCAUCCUAGGACCAGAACUGUUUCUGACCGGGUCUGGGUUUGAACCAGUCUCUGGAAUCUAUGGGAGACCUGCUGAGACUGGAUCUGGACCUGAACCCAGCUGUGUUUCCUUAAAGAGUGACCAGUCCAAAGAUUUUCCCAUUACCUUUAGAGGACAACAUCCCUCUACUGCAGAGAGAAUCUAUGGGAGACCUGCUGAGCCUGGACCUGGACCUGAACCCAGCUGUGUUUCCUUAAAGAGUGACCAGUCCAAAGAUUUUCCCAUUACCUUUAGAGGACAACAUCCCUCUACUGCAGAGAGAGUUGAUCGGGAAAGCUCUGAGCUUCCCAGUGGUCAGUCUUCCCAGCAGCAUCAAAUACAGCUGGACUCCAUAUUUAUGCUGCUGGAGGACAACAUCAUCGCUUUUGUGAAAAAUGAGAUGAAAAAGCUCAAGAAGGUUCUGAAUCCAGAUUACCGAGAAUGCUUAGAGAGUCAGAUGGAAGAUGAGGAGAUGAUGGAGGGUGAGGAUGACGAGCAGAGGAGUAGCAGCAGAGAGGCAUUUGUGAGGAUCACAGUGCACUUCCUGAGGAGAAUGAAUCAGGAGGAGCUGGCUGACCGUCUACAGAGUAAACUUUCUGCUCCAGUUCAUCAACAUAAGCUUAAAUCUGCACUGAAGAAGAAGUUCCAGUGUUUGUUUGAGGGGAUUGCUAAAGCGGGAAACCCAACCCUUCUGAAUGAGAUCUACACAGAGCUCUACAUCACAGAGGGAGGGACUGCAGAGGUCAAUGCUGAACAUGAGGUCAGACAGAUUGAAACAGCAUCCAGGAAACCAGACAGACCAGAAACAACAAUCAGACAAGAAGACAUCUUUAAAGCUUCAGCUGGAAGAGAUAAACCAAUCAGAACAGUGCUGACAAAGGGAGUGGCUGGCAUUGGGAAAACAGUCUUAACACAGAAGUUCACUCUAGACUGGGCUGAAGACAAAGCCAACCAGGACAUCCAGUUCACAUUUCCGUUCACUUUCAGAGAGCUCAAUGUGCUGAAAGAGGAAAAGUUCAGCUUGGUAGAACUUGUUCAUCACUUCUUUACUGAAACCAAAGAAGCAGGAAUCUGCAGCUUUGAAGACUUCCAGGUUGUGUUAAUCUUUGAUGGUCUGGAUGAGUGUCGACUUCCUCUGGACUUCCACAAAACUAAAAUCCUGACCGACCCCAGAAAGUCCACCUCAGUGGAUGUGCUGCUGACAAACCUCAUCAGGGGGAAAUUGCUUCCCUCUGCUCGCCUCUGGAUAACCACACGACCUGCAGCAGCCAAUCAGAUCCCUCCGCAAUGUGUUGACAUGGUGACAGAGGUCAGAGGGUUCACUGACCCACAGAAGGAGGAGUAUUUCAGGAAGAGGUUCAGAGAUGAGGAGCAGGCCAGCAGGAUCAUUUCCCACAUCAAGACAUCACGAAGCCUCCACAUCAUGUGCCACAUCCCAGUCUUCUGCUGGAUCACUGCUACAGUUCUGGAGGAUAUGCUGAAAACCAGAGAGGGAGGACAGCUGCCCAAGACCCUGACUGACAUGUUCAUCCACUUCCUGGUGGUUCAGGCCAAAGUGAAGAAGGUCAAGUAUGAUGGAGGAGCUGAGACAGAUCCACACUGGAGUCCAGAGAGCAGGAAGAUGAUUGGGUCUCUGGGACACCUGGCUUUUCAUCAGCUUCUGAAAGGAAACAUCAUUUUCUAUAAAUCAGACCUGACAGAGUGUGGCAUCGAUAUCAGAGCAGCCUCAGUGUACUCAGGAGUGUUCACACAGAUCUUUAGAGAGGAGACGCGGCUUUACCAUAACCAGGUGUUCUGCUUCAUCCAUCUGAGUGUUCAGGAGUUUCUUGCUGCUCUUCAUGUCCAUCUUACCUUCAUCAACUCUGAAGUCAAUUUGUUGGAGAAGCAACAAACAACCUCCAAGUGGUCUAAAUUAUUCAACAAACCGAAACAACAAUCUCUCCAUCAGACUGCUGUGGACAAGGCCUUACAGAGUCCACAUGGACAUCUGGACUUGUUCCUUCGCUUCCUUCUGGGUCUUUCACUGCAGACCAAUCAAACUCUACUACAAGGCCUGUUGACAGAGACAAGAAGUAGCUCACAGACUAAUGAGAAAACAAUCGAGUACAUUAAGGAAAAGAUCAGAAGUAAUCUGUCUGCAGAGAAAAGCAUCAAUCUGUUCCACUGUUUGAAUGAACUGAAUGAUCGUUCGCUGGUGGAGGAGAUCCAACAGUCCCUGACAUCAGGACACCUUUCCACAGAUAAACUGUCUCCUGGUCAGUGGUCAGCUCUUGUCUUCAUCUUACUGUCAUCAGAAAAAGAUCUGGAUGUGUUUGACCUAAAGAAAUACUCUGCUUCAGAGGAGGCUCUUCUGAGGCUGCUGCCAGUGGUCAAAGCCUCCAACAAAGCUCUACUGAGUAACUGUAACCUGACAAAGAAAAGUUUUGAUGCUUUGUCCUCACUUCUCGGUUCCCAGUCCUCUAGUCUGAAAGAGCUGGACCUGAGUAACAACAACCUCCAGGAUCAAGGAAUAAAGACUCUGUCUGCUGGACUGCGGAAUCAACACUGUAAACUGGAAAUUCUCAGAGUGAAUGACUGUUACUUAGAGAGAUGCUGGGAAGCUCUGUCCUCAGUUCUCAGCUCCCAGUCAUCUAGUCUGAGAGAACUAGAUCUGAGUAACAAUGACCCACAGGAUUCAGGAGUGAAGCUUCUGUCUACUGGACUCCAGGAUGAACACUGUAAACUGGAAACUCUCAGACUGAGUGGCUGUACACUCUCACAGAGAAGCUGUGAAACACUGUCCUUAGUUCUCAGUUUCAAGCACUCUAGUUUGAGAGAGCUGGAUUUGAGUAACAAUGACCUGCAGGAUUCAGGAGUGAAGCUUUUGUCUGUUGGGCUGCAGAGUCCACACUGUGGACUGGAAACUCUCAGACUGAGUGGCUGUAACCUCUCAGAGAAACGGUGUGAAGCUUUGUCCUCAGUUCUCAGCUCCCCAUCCACUACUCUGAUAGAGCUGGACCUGAGUAACAAUGACCUUCAGGAUUCAAGACUGAAGUUUCUGUGUACUGGACAGCAGGGUCAACACUGGAAACUGAAGACUUUAAGACUGAGUGACUGCAACCUCUCAGAGAGAAGCUGUGAAACUCUGUCCUCAGUUCUCAGUUCGCAAUCCUCUAGUCUGAGAGAGCUGGACCUGAGUAAUAAUGAUCUGCAGGAUUCAGGCGUGAGGCUUCUGUUUUUUGAACUGCAGAGUCCACACUAUAAACUGGAAACUCUCGGACUAAGUGGCUGUAGGCUGUCAGAGAGAAGCUGUGAAGCUUUGUCCUCACUUCUUACUUCCCAGUUCUCUAGUUUGAGAGAGCUAGAUCUGAGUAACAAUGACCUGCGGGAUUCAGGAGUGAAGCUUCUUUCUUUUGGACUGCACAGUCCACACUGUCAACUGAAAACUCUAAGACUAAGUGAUUGCAGACUGACAGAGAGAAGCUGUGAUGCACUGUCCUCACUUCUCAGCUCCCAAUCCUCUAGUCUGAGAGAGUUGGACCAGAGUAACAAUGACCUCCAAGAUUCAGGAGUGAAGUUUCUGUCUGUUGGACUGCAGAGUGCACACUGUAAACUUCAGACUCUUAGUCUAUCAGGCUGUCAGAUCACAGAGGAAGGCUGUACUUCUCUGGCUUCAGCUCUUAGUUCUAACCCCUCCCAUCUGAAAGAGCUGGACCUAACCUACAAUCAUAGAGGAGACUCAGGAAUGAAGCUGCUGUCAGCUGGACUGAAGGAUCCACGUUGGAGACUGGACACUCUCAGGGUGGAGCCUGCUGGAGUCCAAUGGUUGAGAGCCAAAGAUCUGAGGAAGGAUUCCUGUCAACUCACAAUCGACACAAACACAGUCAAUAGAUACCUGAAACUGUCUGACAACAACAAGAAGGUGACAUGCGUCUGGGAACGUCAAUCAUAUCCCGAUCAUCCACACAGAUUUGAUCCCAGGUAUCAACUGCUGUGUAGAAAUGGUCUCACUGGUCGCUGUUACUGGGAAGUGGAGUGGAGAGGAAAUGUUUAUAUAUCAGUGAGUUACACAAAAAUCAAAAGGAAAGGAAAAAGUAAAGACGGUUUGUGUGGAUGGAAUGAUCAGUCCUGGAGUCUGUACUGCACUGACGAUGCUCCUCGUUUUGUUAGGCACAAUAAGAUAAGAACAUUCAUCUCCUCCUCCUCUUCAGUCUCUAACAAAGUAGCAGUGUAUGUGGACUGUCCUGCUGGCACUCUGUCCUUCUACAGAGUCUCCUCUGACACUCUGAUCCACCUUCACACCUUUAACUCCACAUUCACUGAACCUGUUUAUCCUGCGUUUGGUUUUUGGUCUCCUGGAUCCUCAGUGUUUGUCUGCUGAGUGUCACCCUGUUAGAGAAACACUCUGGCUGUUGAACAGAUAGUUCAGUCUGUAGAUGUGUGUGUCUUUUACUCAGAGACAAUUUUUCAAUCAGUUAAUGAUUUAAUCUGUUCCAAAUGAUUACUUAUGAAGCUACUAGAGGUGGGGUGAGGCACUGAGGCGCCAAACCCUGUUUCAUUCUAUUGAAGAAGACUGGUUUGAAACACUGUAUGACAUCCCCAUGACUAAUAAUGUUUGAGGCUUCGUACUUCACAAUGAAGACACUGAAAGUAAGGUGACUGAUUCAACCUGGUCUCCCACAAUAAUUUAUAAUUACUCUUGUGUUGAAUUUGGAAUAAACAACAUGUGUGAAUCAUUGGAAAUGUGUAUCUGCUGUUAGAUUUGUAUCGUGAUUGUCAUUUAUGCUUAGAAAUAUCUACUUAUAUAUUCUUAGAGUUUUAUAAUUAGGUGUAGAUUGGUAGAGGUUUGAUCCUUAAUAAUUUGCAAGCUUUGUGUGCAUUCCAGAGCUCUCUGACUUUCACACCCACAUUUUAGGAGCAUGGGAGAGGUCGUACCUUGUCUUAUUGUUUUAUGGUAGGAUAAACGUAUCUAUAUCUGUUUUAGGCUAAGUGCCUUUUGUUUAGAUGGACGGCU